UUGGCUUUGGGAAUCAGGAAGAAAUUGCUGGAGCCUCUCACACCAGGGGCUGCUGAAGUAGAAGAUUCUGGAAAAACCCCUCUUUGAGGAGCCCAGGCUAUGCCUGAGGGAUUUCCAAGAUGACCAAGAUACCAGCCACCAAGAAGAUGCAGAGUGUCCCCAACUCGGGGGCCCUCUGGCCCUUUUAUGUCUCAGAACAUCUGACACAGGUGCCAGACAAGCCAAUGAGGAGCAUCAAGUAUAUGGACAAGGAAAUAAUAAACCUCAAAAAAGACCUUGCACGAAGCCGCGUGUUGAUUCGGUCGGUAAAGAUGGGCCGCGGAUACUUCAGCAUGCUGCAAGAGGAGAGUGCCUUGAAAAAGAAGCUACAGCAACUUCAGAAACUCAAAGAAGAAGAAAGACAUAAAUUCCAGCCAGCCAAAAAGAUGUCAGAAAUCCAUUAUGGCGAAAUUCUUUUGACCACAUACAAUGACGAGAAGGUUAAGAAGGUGGGCGCUGGAGUCAUUUGCCCAUUUACCCCCGCGCACAGCUGCAUCAUCUUGCCCUCGCUACCUGAGGCUCAUGUGGAGCCCCUCUUCCGCCAGCUCUGUGCCCUCCACUGGCUCCUGGAGGCCCUGACUAUCGACCACACCCACCACAUCAUGAAGCCCGUGAUCACCUGCUGGAAUCCAAACUCCACAUCCACUGACAUCCCAUUGGAUGCUUGGAAUCAACCAGCCACGAUGGGAGUAUUGACACCACAGAGACUGGCCAGGGACCCGGGUGGAAGCAAGAGCACAAUAAAGAAAAUCAAUAAGGACAAGUCCAUGGGACAGAGGUGGGAGCACUUCGUCACGGCGCCGAAGACCAAGAAAUUCAAAAUUCCUGUGCUCCGCGUCACCAGCCGCAAACCAAGCCGGCGAGGCUCCACACUCAGUCUGUCUCGGACCAGCGGAGGAUCAUCCCCUCAGAGCAGCAUGGUCUCCAUGAACCCUGGCUCAGAUGAGCCCCCGAGUGUGAUCACCCAGGCGACAGGCAGCAAGGACAUUGAGGACAAUGAAUCAUCUUCAACCAAGCCUGACGAAGAACCUCUCCACAUCAAUUUGCAGAAGCUGCUGGAGAUGGUUCGGGAAGAUGCCCGAAGGACAGUCAUGUUGGAAAAUGGGAUGCAAAGAAAAGCACCCAGUAUCUUGUCAAUGCUCAGACAAAACAAGAGUGAUUCUGCCUAUAAAGACAUGCAGACCACCCGCAAAUCAAGUGACCGAUCCAGCAGUUCAAGUGGAGAAAGCCACACCCAAGUCAUCCAGAAGAAGUCUAAAAGCCGCACCAACCGUGACAUCAUCCACUGCAAGACUGGUGUAUGCAGCUCCAUGAGGGCCAAGUUUUACAGCGUGGCCCAGGAGGCCGGCUUCUGUCUUCAAGACAAGAUGGAAAUCCUCAUGAAGCGCCAAGAAGAGAGAGGUCUCCAGAAGUUCCAUUCUUUUGUCAUUGUCUCGAAUUUUAAGAAGGAUAUAGCAAAAAUGAGGCAUCAAGUCUCCAUGAUAAAAGGAGAUGCAGAAGAAAUUGCAGACCACUGGUACUUUGAUCUGCUGUCCAAACUCCCUGAGGAUCUGAAGAAUUUCCGCCCCGCCAAAAAGAUCCUGGCGAAACUGCAGAAGUUUGGGGAAAACCUGGACCUCAGGAUCCGGCCCCAUGUCCUCCUGAAGGUGCUACAGGACCUGAGGAUCUGGGAGCUGUGCUCUCCGGACAUUGCGGUGGCUAUCGAGUUUGUACGUGAACACAUCAUCCAUAUGUCUCAAGAGGAUUAUAUCACCUGGCUGCAGAACCGGAUCAAUGUCCCCAUCCGAUCCCAAAGUCUCCGGGCAUAGCCUGGCCCUGGUUCAACCAGCUGUCCCAGUGGAGAAGGGCUAAACUACUGUAUUCCUGCUUCCUACCUGUGUUCCUGCUUCCUGCCUAUCCACUAGGAUA